ACUCAUUAUCGACGUCACGUUCAAUCAUUGAACUUCAAUAUCAGCGUAACUUUUUAAACUAGCUGACAAAUAUUUAUUACUCUUAGCAAAAUAUAAAUAAGACAACGUGCAAAAGAAUUAAAAAACGGUUCUCGCUAAGCAUAUAACGCACAGAGAAAUAAGAAAAAAUGGCCGAUAAUGACGAUCUUCUCGAUUACGAGGAUGAGGAGCAGAACGAGACCACUGCCGUUGAGAACCAGGAGGCACCAAAGAAAGAUGUUAAGGGUACUUAUGUAUCCAUACACAGUUCCGGUUUCCGUGACUUUUUGUUAAAGCCCGAAAUAUUGCGUGCAAUCGUUGACUGCGGUUUUGAACAUCCAUCCGAGGUGCAGCACGAAUGCAUACCGCAGGCUGUGCUCGGCAUGGAUAUCCUGUGCCAAGCCAAGUCCGGUAUGGGCAAAACGGCUGUCUUUGUGCUUGCCACGCUGCAACAGCUGGAGCCAUCCGAUAAUAACACCUGCCACGUCCUGGUCAUGUGCCAUACACGUGAACUGGCAUUCCAAAUAAGCAAGGAGUACGAACGUUUCUCCAAGUAUAUGCCCACAGUAAAGGUGGCUGUAUUUUUCGGCGGUCUGGCAAUUCAAAAGGACGAGGAGACUCUAAAGAACGGCACACCCCACAUUGUUGUUGGCACACCUGGACGUAUUUUGGCACUCAUACGCAACAAGAAGCUCAACCUGAAGCAUUUGAAGCACUUUGUUCUGGACGAAUGUGACAAGAUGUUAGAGCAGCUGGAUAUGCGUCGGGACGUGCAGGAGAUUUUCCGUAGCACACCACAUGGCAAACAAGUUAUGAUGUUUUCCGCCACUUUGAGCAAAGAGAUUCGUCCUGUUUGCAAAAAGUUUAUGCAAGAUCCCAUGGAGGUGUACGUCGAUGAUGAGGCCAAACUGACACUGCACGGCCUGCAGCAGCACUAUGUCAAUCUUAAGGAGAACGAGAAGAACAAGAAGCUGUUCGAAUUGCUCGAUGUGCUCGAGUUUAAUCAAGUUGUCAUCUUUGUGAAGUCUGUGCAACGUUGUGUGGCCUUGGCGCAGCUGCUGACCGAACAAAACUUUCCGGCCAUUGGCAUUCAUCGCGGCAUGAAUCAGGAUGAGCGUUUGAAUCGUUAUCAACAAUUCAAAGAUUUCCAGAAGCGCAUCCUGGUUGCCACAAAUCUCUUUGGACGCGGCAUGGACAUUGAGCGUGUGAAUAUUGUAUUUAACUAUGACAUGCCCGAGGAUUCGGAUACAUAUCUGCAUCGUGUGGCACGUGCUGGUCGUUUUGGUACCAAAGGCCUGGCCAUUACCUUUGUCUCCGACGAGAACGAUGCUAAGAUACUUAACGAAGUACAGGAUCGUUUCGACGUCAACAUUAGCGAGCUGCCAGAGGAAAUUGAUUUGUCCACAUACAUUGAGGGACGCUAGUCAUAGCGCGUGGAACAUCAGAACAUUUAAGAUCAGCAUAAGACAGUAAUGCAACUAUAUAACAAAAGAUACCAA